AUGGGGUGGCAACCGCAGCCUGAGCCGCUAGGCCAGCUCACCCUGUACCUUCGAGACUCUUUUAGUGGACACGAUGCGGCCGCACAGAAGAAUGCGGAGCAGAUGUUGAAACAAGCAAAGGAGUCUCCCGACAUCAUCAACUAUCUGACUUUCAUCUGCGUCACAUCGGCAAACCCCACCGAAUACACCAAAGAGAUAUGGCAUGCCGCGCGAUCGGCUGGUGCGCUCCUACUCAAGAACAGCGUGAAGACGUCGUACAAGUCAAUAUCAGAGGACAACCAGUCGUACAUGAAAUUACACCUUCCGGCAGGCUUGCAGGAUCCCAAUGCACAGAUCCGGAACUUUGUGGGCAAUGCCGUCACCGAGAUCGUGCGGCAAGGAGGUGUCGUGGGCUGGCCCGACAUCAUCCCGAGUCUGGUCUCCGUUCUGGAGAGCGCACAGGCAUCGGCAGAUGCUCAGGACGGCGCCAUGAGUACUCUCUUCAAGAUCUGCGAGGACAACAAAGCCAAACUCGACGAAGAGCAGCAUAACUCCCCACGGCCCCUCGCCUUUCUGUUGCCCAAGCUAUUGCAAUUCACCACCAGUCCCGAUGCGAAAAUCCGCUGGAGGGCCCUUUCCGCGGUCAACGUCUUUCUCACGGACCCCGCGGCGCUCACCGCGAAGGAGCAUAUCGAUGAGAUCUUGCCACGCAUCAUCCACCUGGUUGCCGACAGCAGUGAGGAUGUGCGCAGGUUCGUCUGCCGCUCGUUCGCACUCAUUGCCGAUGCCAUGCCAAACGUCCUCAUCCCACACGUCCAAGGCAUUGUCGACUACACUCUCUCCCAACAGACGGAAAUUCAGAAUCAAGAACUCGCACUCGAUGCGGCAGAGUUCUUCUUCGAGGCCAGCAGCGCACCUGCCCUCCGGGAUGCGCUUGGUCCAUAUCUUGACCGAAUCGUACCCGUCUUGUUGGACAGCAUGAUCUACAGCGAGGACGAUCAGCUGCGGUUAGAGGGCGACGAGGACGACGCUGAUACCGAAGACAAAGAAGAAGAAAUUCGGCCACAGUUUGCAACUGCAAAAUCUGCAAGGAGUGGUGUCCCGGACGCACCCUCCACGUCAGCCAACGGUCGCGACAAACCAUCAAUCAACGGCUAUGCGUACGAAGAUGACGGCGAGCUCAGCGAUGGCGAGAUUGAAGAGGACGAGGACUUUGACAUCGACCCGGAAGACGAGUGGAACCUGCGCAAGUGCUCCGCGGCGGCACUCGACAGUCUAGCCUUGCACUUCGGAGCGCCAGUGUUUGGCGUCACCAUUCCGUGGCUCAUGAACAAUCUCCAGCACAAGGACUGGCAGAAUCGCGAGGCCGCGGUGCUGGCACUGGGUGCAAUUGGCCCAGGGUGCAUGGACGAGAUUAAACCUCACCUGCCGCAGUUGAUACCGUACAUGACGACACUGUUGGAUGACCAGCAGCCUGUCGUGCGUCAAAUCACCUGCUGGGCGCUGAGCCGAUUUGCUGGCUGGGCAUCUCAAUUGGAGCCCGCUCCCAAACAGCAGCUGUUCGAGCCAAUGAUGGACGGCAUCUUACAGCGGAUGCUGGACCACAACAAGAAGGUGCAAGAGUCGGCAGCAUCGGCUUUUGCGACGCUGGAAGAAGCGGCUAAGACGGAGCUCGCGCCUUACUGCCAAAUCAUCCUCCAGCAGUUUGUGAAGUGCUUCGGCCGGUACAAGGACAAGAACACGUACCUGCUCUACGACUGCGUGCAGACCCUCGCUGAGCAUGCAGGGCCGACGCUCGCGCAGCCGGAGCUGGUCAAUCUCCUCAUGCCGGCAUUGAUUGCCAGGUGGCAGAAAGUGCCCGAUGGAUCACGAGAGAUGUUCCCGUUGCUGGAAUGUCUUGCCUUUGUGGCAACUGCAUUGGGCGCGGAGUUUGCUCCCUUCGCCGAGCCCAUCUUCCUGCGUUGCAUCAAGAUCAUCCAACAAAACCUGGAAGAAAGCGCCAAUGCAGACAGCGAGUGGCUGGAUCAGCCGGACAAGGAUUUUCUGGUGACCAGCCUCGACCUUGUCAGCAGCAUGAUUCAAGUAUUGAGCGAGCAGCAGAGCACCGCGCUGGCGAACUCGGCCAAGCCGAACGUGUUUGAGCUCGUGGCGUACUGCAUGAAGGACGUCAACAAUGAUGUCAAGCAGUCCGCCUACGCUCUGCUGGGCGACUGUGCAAUCUACCUAUUCCCCCUCCUACAGCCAUACCUUCCGACGAUCCUGGAACUCCUCAUCAACCAACUCGACCUCGAUCAAGCAAAUGACGACCCCGAAACGGCCUUCCGAGUCAUUAAUAAUGCUUGCUGGUCCUGCGGCGAAAUCGCCAUGCGACAAGGCCCAGGCAUGUCUCCGUAUAUCGACCGACUACUGCAGAAGCUGGCCAUCAUCAUGUUCAAUGACACCGUGCCGGAAUCGCUGAACGAGAACUCUGCGAUUGCGUUGGGCCGGUUGGGCAUAGGAUGCCAUCAGCAGCUGGCGCCGCACCUGCAGAACUUUGCCCUGCCUUUCCUCAAGUCGAUGCAAAAGGUCGGGUGGACGGACGAGAAGGGGCAUGCAUACAAGGGGUUUGGCCAGGUGGUGCUUGACAACCCGCAAGCGCUGGAGAACGGACUGUUGGACUUUUUCAUGGAGAUGGCCAACGCACCCGGCAUCUUCCUGACGGGCAUGCAAGACGAAGGGCCGCUGAAGGUGUUUGAGAAGGUGCUCGUGGAGUACAAACGGCUGAUUGGCGGCAAUUUCGACGACUUCCUACACCAUCUCCCGGCGCCGCAGGAGCAAGCGCUGAGGCAGCUCUACGUCUUUUGA